CAUUACGCGCAUCCAAUCCAAUGUUGUAUACAGCCGGCGUUCAACCGUCGUAUGAAAAUACCGAUCUGCUCAUGCUACUAUUGGAUAUAAAGAACCCGAAUUGAGAAUAUUCUUCAUUAGUCCCAGAGUGUUCACAAAGAGAGGGUUGAAAUGGCAGCAACAGAAGUAUUAAACGAUGAACAUUUUUUCGAAGGUGUUGAAAAACUUCUUGAAAUUUGGUUCACCACUACUCAUGAAAACUACAAAUCAGCUGAUCUAAGAAGGAUUCCGAGAUCAAAAUUGGAAUCCCUAAUGAAGGUUGUCCGGUGUGAAAUAAUCAGCUAUGUAAAAAAUGACCAAAUCGACGCCUAUGUAUUAAGUGAGAGUUCUAUGUUCGUCUCCAAAAGACGUUUCAUAUUGAAAACUUGCGGCACAACAACGCCUCUGUUGUGUUUGGAGCCACUACUUUUGUUGGCGGAACAAUAUGCCGGGUUUACCGAAGUCGAGGAUCUAUAUUAUUCCAGAAAGAAUUUCAAAAGACCGGAUUUGCAAGUUAUACCACAUCAACAUUUCGAUCAAGAGGUAGCCUUGCUUGAUACCUUGUUUCCAGAUGGGGCAGCGUAUUGUUUAGGCGCGGUAAACAAAGAUUGUUGGUUCCUAUAUACUCUCAAUCCGCUUCCGAAGCGCCUACCCUCUCUACCGAAUCCCGAAGAACCGGAUCAAACUCUGGAAAUUAUGAUGACCGAUUUGGAUCCAGAAAUAAUGUCUAUAUUCACCAAGGAGGAGUGUUUGAACGCUACGGAAGCUACAAAGAAAGCCGGUAUAGAUAAAAUUAUCCCAAACAUGAUUAUAGAUGACUUUCUAUUCAAUCCAUGUGGUUACUCCAUGAACGGAGUCACUAAAAAUGGUUGCUACAUGACUAUCCAUAUCACACCGGAACCUGAUUUUUCGUAUGUCAGUUUUGAGACCAACAUUCCUUCAAGCUCUUACAAAGAAAUCAUCAGCAAUGUAUUGGAGACUUUCAAUCCUGGAAAGUUUACUGUCACCGUGUUUUCCAAUCAAUUGUCACCUAUUAAAGACACCUCGAGAGAACUACUGUUCCUCGAACAAUUGGGCGACUGGCAACGACGGGAUGUUCAACAGUGCAGCAUCAAAAACUACGAUCUCGUCUACGCCUUUUUCUGUCGAUUCCCAAGCUGAGGGUAUCCGGGCGAGCUGUGCGAGUGUACAGCUAACCGCUACCUCACCCAUUUCCUUUCCUCUAAUCCUUUCCCCAACAAAAAUAUUUCUUCCAUUUUACCCCUUCCAUGCAAAUCAUCUCACAAUAAAAUUCCGCAUCUGUUACUUCAUUCAUUUUUGUUGCAUUUCAAUAAUAAUUUUGACGUCGACGAUUUUAAAAAGAAUUUGCCAAAAUCUAUCGUGCCAAGUUUUCUGUUGUAUUAUGGUUAUUCGGUUAUGGCUUGCGCGCUUUUAACAAAGAUCGGUUUGUUCAAAACGAGAAGCCACGAUUUCAUCGACCCUUCGACGCAUAAAACCCUAUUCGGACCGUUUUCGUUCUUCUUCCUCUAUUUCACUCUAUUCGCCCCAGUAUUCAAGUUUACAGACUUCGAAUCUCCACUGGUUCUGUUUUCGUGGUGGCGUAACAAAAUAUCGUGAGGACUACCAAAAAAACUUUCGCACUAGGUAGUGAGAUGAAGGUGUCAAAACAUCUUUGAUUUAUUUAUUUAUCUUUGUCUCCACCUUUGUGAAAGUUUUAGCAAACGAAUUUUUCCGAUUCCAAAGUAGAUGAAAAUUUCAGUUUUUUCGUAAAGAUUGUUUGAAUUGAGCAACUGGAGAAUUUUUUUCAAUAAUAUCAGGGUUCAAAUAGGUCCAUUCGGUAAGUUCUAGAUAUCUAGGCAAACUUUCCUUCUUAAAGCUUAUUUUUUUCUAAAAUCAAAAAAAAAGAAGUUAUCAAAUGUUGAGUCGACCAUACGGCAAACUGUAUGGGUAAAAUAAUAAUAAACAAAUAACAUAUUUAUUAGGUAAAUGUUUUUAUUGCAAUGAUAUAUGAAGUAGUUCAAAUGUACCUUCUUAAACCGUCAACUUUACCAACAUUUAUACAUUAAAAAACAGAAAACUCCCUUGACAAAGGCAUAAUAUGGACUAAUACAGACGUAGAUCAUCUCUGAAAGUAGUUUUUGCUGCGUCGCAGUCCCACGAUGCCCCAAACAGGCUUUUAAAUUAGUGACAUUGUUUUCAGGCACAAAAAUGUUGAAAAAAAUCAAAUAUUUUGGUCAUAAAUGAAAUAUUUUGAAUUAUUGAUGGAAUUGUUGAAAAGUACAAAUGAUUGCAUAUCGUUCUUAAUGGAUUUUUGUGUUCUUACACUACAAUUUGCCUCUUUGUCGACUUGUAAAUUUAGUGGUUAAAUAAAUAUAUUGUGACAUUUUAAAUCAAAAUAUGUAGGAAAUAGUUGUUCAGAAGUAUCUAUAUAUUUACAAACUGUUAAUGAUUAUGUAAAAGAAUAAAUAUAACUUUAGUAGAGAAA